AUGCGGGGUAGCAUGAGCCUGGCCUCGCCGCACGCGGACCCGCGGCUGCGACGCGCAGAGCAAGAGUCCGCGCGCCAUCAGCAUCACACCGAGCGCCGUCGAUACUCGCUCCGCCCUCGGAUAGGACAGGAUGACCAGCCGCAGCAGGAGCAGGCGCAGCCGCAGACGAUGUCGCAUCCGCAUCCGCAGUCGCAACAGGUGCGACACGAGCACGCUCACGGACGCGCGCGUGCCGAUGGCCAGCGCGCUCUGGCCGCCGCCUCAGGCAUCGAGGCAUGGUCGGUCGAAGUGGAUCGAUAUCGGCGUCUGAGCACCACCGAUGGUCACGGCGCAGUGGCCAUCUCUCUCGGGGGCGAGGUCCUACACCGAGAUGGGCGGCAAGAAGGCGGCGCUUCCGACGACGGCGUCGACCAAGGCGGCAAACGGCAGCACGAGGACCGACAGGGGCAUGCGGCAUCAAAGGCGCGCCUCGCAGACGCGCAAGCGUCGACGCCGGUCCGGAACAUGGCAGGCGACGCGGAGCAGAGGCCCCGUUCGACGUCUUCGGCAGCAGCGGCAGCGGGGACGCAGCGCGUUGGCGGCCCAAGCGGUCAGGGACGCGCGACUGACGUGGCCAUGGCGGAGGCAGAGGUGCAGCCCGUUGCGCCGGUCCAGGACGGCGACGCAGCAACGCACAGCUCGCCCGGUCCUCCGUCCCGACAUCUCUCAGACCAAAGUACGCCGGCCACGGAGCUGGCAUCGACCUCGAGCCCCGUCCCGCGCAGACGCACCCGCCAGCUCCUGACGACCGAACAGAGCAUGGUCCUCUACAAGAUCCUUGAAAAGACGAGCUUCCCGUCGACGCAAGUACGCGAAGCUCUGGCCAGGCAGCUCGGCAUCUCGCCACGCAAGGUGCAGGUCUGGUUCCAGAACCGUCGACAAGUUGGCAAAAAGAUGAUGCGCGCCGCCAACCAGGGCGCUGCGGCCCACCAUCCGCACCAGCAGCAUCAGCAGCGCCACCUGCAACAGCACCUGCAUCAGCACCAGCAACAGCACCAGCACCAACACCAGCACCAUCAUCAGACUCCCUCCCCGUUUCCGGCGGUGACAGGACAGGGGCUGCCCGCAGCGACGCAUACAGUGCCGAGCCAGCCGCAGCUACGGACGGUGCAGCUGCAGAGCCACGCUUAUCAGCAACAGAAGCACCACGCUCGACCCCACCUGGUACGACGGCCGUCGGGAAGCAGCGAUCGGGCGCCGCCGCCGCCGCGACCCACGCUGGUCUAUGCCACCGAGUUUGGCCAAGGGCCGCCCGAGGCCUCGUCUCCCUCUUCGUCGAGGCUGCGGCCGUACGUUGACGAGAGCAUCUCGCCACGAUCCACAGUCGCCAGGCUGCCGCUCGGCGAGCAGAGGACGACGACGCUGCUGCUGCUACGGGGCGGCGAGACAUCAAGCGGUGCCACUUCGCAGGGACGGGGCAGCAGCAGCAGCAGCAGCAGCGAGUCACGGGCCCUCGCGAGCGCGGCCGCAUCACGUUUCAACGACUGCGAUCCCGGCGCCCAGCAAGCGCACUCGGAACGAGGCGGAGGCGCCACAGCUCGAAGCUCAUCGGUCGCGUCAUCCAUCUCCUCCGCUGCGAGCGCCCAGCAUGGAGCACGCCCGGCGCGGAUCGAUCUACGCUCCGCCGUCGUCGCUCCUCUUCCACCCGCCCGCCGCGCAACAAAGUCGCACCUCAUCCGUCUCCACAGCUUCGAUCGCGGGGACAGGCAGAGAGAGCGACCUCGACUCGCCACGCACCACGGCGAGACGGUGCGGGACGGCAAGUUGCCCAGUCCGCGAUCCCUGCUCCUCGUCCAGCAGCAGCGGCCACAUCAUCGUGAAGCCACGCAGGGACCGUCGACGCUGCCGACGACGACGACGUUCGAAGACGAAGGGACGAGGUGCGCUGCCCCGUCGCGCACCAUUGCACCGACGUCGUUUGGACGACAUUCGCGGGAAGCGUCGCACCGCAGCGUCCUCGGUUGCCGCACCCCGCUCGGUGCUGCACCGCCCCACGACGGGAGCACCGCCACUCGGUCCCCGCUCGAACCCGUGUGCGUCCACCGAUAUCGCCAAGACUCGAUCGACGACCAGGCGUACGAGGAGCAGCAACGACGCCGACGCCGCGAUCCGAAUCAAUGGUCCAUGACCGACCUGCGUCUUCCUCCGCUCCAGAUACCCCUUUCGCGCCAGGUAGCGGCGGCCGGCGGUGGCGCAGGUGGCGGUGGUGGGUCCGAGUGGAAUGAGCAGGUGCCACCCACGUCGCCCUCGACUCGUCUUGGCGAUGCGACGCCGAGGACCCCGUCCGACUCGGCGACCACGACCACGACCACUGCCCUCGCUACGCCUUCGACGGCAUCCAGCAGCGUGCCCGCCCUCGAUGACGAGCAGAGCGCCUCGCCAGAUACGCGCGGCGACAAGAGGAGCGGUGGCCCGGCCAGCCUGGCGUUUCUCAUGCAUCAUUGA